AUGUCCUCCGCUGAAGAAAACAUCAUCAUCGCCCCUCCGCAUCUUUUUACCAAAGAGAAAGACUUGGUUGAUUUAAAAACGUUCAUCUCAAUCGUCUUGGAAACUCUCUCAACGAGAAAUCUUAGGCAAACGCCUUUGGUAUACGCGCUGGAACGGAUACGAAAGUCAAAACAAAAUGAGAAUUUCGAAGGAGGAAAAGAUUUCGUGUGCGCGGAGUUUGGGUGCUACACGGGAGGCACGUUAGGACAGAUUGUCGAGUAUUUAUCAUCAUCAUCAUCAUCGCACACGAAAAUUUACGGGUUUGAUUCGUUCGAGGGCUUACCAGAAAACUGGUAUAAUGGCAAAGGGAAAGGGUGGUUUAAUUUAAACUCCAAGGAGAUUUCUGUAUCAGGAGCGGUGAUAAUUAAAGGAUGGUUUGAAGACACCGUGCCAGGAUUCUUUCGCGAUGCGCUCUCCGUCGGCAGUUCUGUUCUUGGCUUGGUUCAUAUCGAUUCUGAUUUGUACUCGUCCGCGAAAGUUGUUCUGAACGAACUCGGAAGAUUUUUGCGAGAGAGCGCGCAGUUUCGAACCAACGCGUUUCCUCUGUAUCUCGUAUUUGAUGAGCUCAUCAACUAUCCAGAAUUCGAGAACCACGAAAUCAAAUCUUUGUAUGAAUUCUUGCGAGAGACGGACGAUUUUAUACAGUGCGAAUUGAUCGGCUCCGACCAACGAGAGAAAGGUGGUAAACCGCGCUUCUAUCGGAAAAAUGAACCUUGCGAUAUGAGAGUUUUGUUCCAACUGCUUCCAAGAGCACGGUAG